AAUUGGUUGGCUAUUGGAAGAUUACUGUGCUGGGUUAUACUAGUGGCAAAUCAAAGGGAGAACAAUCUCCUGCCUUGUUGGGGAAAAUCAAUGGGGGCUACUAUGGAGAAUAUUGCGCAUGGGACUGUACCAGAGUAUGGUGCAAUUUUUAUGUCAAAUAGAGUGACCAGAGCAGAAUGCUUCAGAAGGAAGUUAUUUGGUCUUCCAUAUUGGUUAGGCGACUUUGUGCUACAAAUUAAAUCUGGGAUGAUUUUAUUUCUGUUUGAAUACGAGAAUAGAGUGCUUCAUGGUGUAUUUCAGGCAACUUCAGAUGGUGCAAUGAACAUUGUGCCCCAUGCUUAUACCUCAUCAGGGCAGAAAUUCCCUGCCCAGGUUAAGUUCUCUAUACUUUGGUCCUGCAAUCCACUUUUCGAAGACCGCUUUCAAAGUGCCAUAAAAGAAAAUUACUUUUCAGCUAAGAAAUUCAACUUUGGGCUGUCUAGAAUGCAGGUUCAUAGGCUUUUAUCUCUGUUUAGUUUGACAAAAUUUAGUGACCAACUCCAUACGAGACAGUUAAGCAGUGAGUCAUUCGAGUGUUCAAGUGAUUACUUGAUUGGUGAAAGUCAAAAUGUUGCUGAUGGUAAUGGGCCUAUAUUGAAUGAGAGGUUACAAGGGAAGCUAAUGGAGGGUGAAGACCAAGUUAAUUCUAUGCAGGAAACUCCUCCUCUUUCCCAUUAUAACAUCAGAAAUAUAAUUCCUACCACAGAAAGUGCAGUAUAUUGUCCUUAUAUGGAUACCAGAAACCCCACCUGUAGUUCUGGUUGCCUAGGCAGGGCUCAAAUCACAACGCCCAGCCUCCACAGCCAAUCAGACUGCAUGACUAAUAUGGCUCUCCAAUCGUCUGUAUGUUUAGAAAACAUUACAGUUCCUUCUAGAACUCAAAGUCAAAUAAAUGUGUCAUGUUCUGAUCCUAACUUACUUCCUUUACCUAUACGGGAGUCUGAACGUGAUGGAAGCUUGAGAAGGUCUAUCGUAACUAGUGGACUGAAUGAUUCCUUUUUCUCAUAUCAGAACGAGCAGGACUUAACAAGGCAGGAAAGCGUGGAAAUAUAUGUUCCUGUGACAAAAGAAUUUCCCAGUCAAUUACCUUUUGACUCUGUUGUAGUUUCAAGCAUGCCCUCAAUUGAGCAUACAGCAGCGAACCAUGGACAGGAGUGCUAUGGAUCUUCUGAAAGCAUGUAUUCUGAUUGUGAAAGAAAAGGCAAUGUGUUUUCUCGCUUAUCCUAUCCAUCCGAUGCAAGCCUACAAGAACUUAAUGGCUGCAUUCAUGAGAUGCUUUUUCUUGAUCCAUCUAUUCUUGAAGUUAGCGGGCAAUGGAAGAAGACUGACCAUGAAGUGCCACGUCCAAAACGCAAUGCUGGCAGGAACUUUGUGAAGAAAAAAUGCACAAAAUCUUUUUUAAGUUCAAAUAGUAAUUGCUUUCAAGUCUCUGAUGAACAUGGGGCAAUUAAUGAGGACAGUGUAGGUGGUAACAGUGAUCAUAUUGCUAUAGAGAUUCCAUUUGUGAAUUUCAAGCGGCGAAGGAAACAACUCAAAGUUGAGCACUGCACCCCAACUGGAGGGGAAUUGUCCGGUCUGCAUCAGAAAAGAAAAAAGUUGAUUCGACCGAGCUUUGCCUGUAGUGAGUUGCAUGAUUCUGGAGAUACCAACAGUGUUUCCCCAAGUUUAUGUGGACCGAGCUUUGCCUGUAGUGAGUUGGAUGAAUCUGGAGAUACCAACAGUACUUCCACAAGUUUAGGAGGCAUGGCAAAGGUUACUGUCUUACGAGGAAAGUCUAAUAUCAUUCAUAUAAACGAUGAAGAUAAGGCAGAAAAGUUACAUCCAGCCGUUGAAUUGCCUGAUACUAUUUGGCUGGUUGAUGACGACGACAAGAAUAUUGAUAUUGAAACUGUAGCAACAGCAGAGAAUUGUUGCGAAUCGAUUAAAAUCUCUGAAGAUAUGAUGGCGUCCUCAAAUUAUAUUAGUAAGAGUGACCUAAAUAUUACCUCUAAAGAUCUAAUAGUAAAGGAGAGAUGUAAAAGUACUCAUAAUUGUUCAACUUCAGAGAAUCACAUGAACUUCGAAAAUCUGAAUAAUUCUGGUUUAUGUCGACAAGAGUUGUCCUUGGAAAGUUCUGAAGUAAAUACUGGGAAUAGUUUUAUAAGUUUUAAUGAAGGCGGCAAUAGAUACAAUGCAAAGGAACUAAUUGAAAGUGUGAAAAUUGCCGAACACUUUCAUGGUUUUGUAGCGGUGAAAGAAAGCUCAGGUAAAAGCUCAAGACCUUUGAACUCAACCUCUGAAAGUGCUCCUGAAGAAGUUAUUGAGAGACGAAAGCAAAAUAAUGAAAAUGAGGAGUCAAGACCCAGAACCAAACGAUGUUGAAAAUGCUUCUUGGUAGACACAUGAAAAUAGGAAUCAGAAUCACAACUGACUGACGGAUUAAAAGGCAGAGUUUACAGGUAAUUUUUUGAACGUACAAACAUGGUGGUUUGUUCUUCAUUGGAUAGUUGGGUGUAGUUAUCAUUAGAGUGGUAAAAGUUAUUGUUGGUAAAGUUUUUGUUAUAUCUUGAAGCAUGAGGAUGAAGAACAUGAAAUGUAGUUGGGAAAGUUCAGAUUAGAACUGAUAAUGUUGUAGAAAUGGAAUUGGUGUUCUUCUCCAUGACCUGACUGUCUCAUGUUGGGAGGAUUCCUUAAUCUCCCUUUUUGUAUAAAAUUUCAUUUUUUAAUACAAUUA